GUUCGCUCUGCCGCAAACACGUCCCUAUCGAAGCCAAUCCGCCCACCGUGUAUUUUUAUAUAUGAUCCUUCCUGUCCCUCCCCAUCCCGUUUGCGACCUCCUGCUCGAUCCCUUCACCCAGGCAAUUCGUCUCAUCCCGUAUCCGACCUACCCUGGCCGCUGAACCCUCUUCCUAGCUCUGUCCCAUCGGACAGCUCGCUCUUCAGAUAAUAGUACUCUCUCGUCGCCUCCUUUCUUCCAUCCACCGCCUGGUGAACAUCUCGCUUCGAUCCCUCAUACAACCCGUCACCGCCGCCCAUCAUGUCUUACACUCACACUGGAGCUCCCACCGAGUUCAAUGGCACCAAUGCCGAUUUUGGUGGUGAUUCCACCACGACCAACCUGAACCAAUGGUACCAAUCCGGCGACCAGUCUUACAUCCUCGUCUCCGCAGCCAUGGUCUUGCUCAUGAUCCCCGGUAUCGCCUUCCUCUACUCCGGCCUCGCCCGCAGAAAGUCGGCUCUGUCCCAGUUGUGGGUUGUCAUGAUGAGCUUUUCUGUCGUUGUCUUCCAGUGGUACUUCUGGGGCUACUCUCUGGCCUUUAGUGAGACGGCCACCAACGGCUUCAUCGGCGACCUUCGACACUUCGGCCUCAUGAAAGUCCUCGCCACCCCGUCCCAGGGCUCGCCUCUCGUCCCCGCCCUCCUCUACUCCUUCUAUCAGAUGAUGUUCUGCGCCGUCACCGCCGCCCUUACCGCCGGCGCUACCGCUGAGCGCGGCCGAGUUAUCCCCUGCAUGGUCUUCAUCUUCUUCUGGGCCACCCUCGUCUACGCCCCUCUCGCCUGUUGGGCCUGGAACGCCAACGGCUGGGCAUUCAAGUACGGCGUCAUCGACUACGCAGGCGGCGGCCCCGUCGAGAUCGGUUCCGGCAUGUCGGCCCUCGCCUACUCGUGGGUCCUCGGACGCCGCAACGAGAAGAUGAUGCUGAACUUCCGCCCCCACAACAUCUCUCUCAUCACCCUCGGCACCAUUCUCCUCUGGUUCGGCUGGUUGGGUUUCAACGGCGGCUCCGCCUUUGGCGCCAACCUCCGUGCCGCCAUGGCUUGCUGGAACUCUUGCCUGACGGCCAUGUUCGCCGCCAUGACCUGGUGCCUGCUCGAUUUCCGUCUGGCCAAGAAAUGGUCUCUCGUCGGUUGGUGCUCUGGAACCAUUUCCGGCUUGGUCGCCGCCACCCCGGCCUCUGGCGUGAUCUCUCCCUGGGCAUCCAUCAUCCUCGGUGUUGUUGCUGGCGUUGCUUGCAACUUCGGCACCAAGAUCAAGUUCCUUCUCAAGAUUGACGACUCUCUCGAUGUCUUCGCCGAGCACGGUAUUGGUGGAAUUGUCGGUCUCAUCUUCAACGCCUUCUUCGCUUCCGGCUCGAUCAUUGGUCUCGACGGUGUCAACACGGGCCUCACCGGCGGCUGGGUCGACGGCAACUACAAGCUCAUGUACAUCCAGAUCGCCUACAUUGUUGCUUGCUCUGCGUACACUUUUGUCAUGUCGGCACUCAUCGCUAAGAUCAUCGACAUGAUCCCUGGCCUGAAGCUACGCGCGUCCGAGGAGGCCGAGCUUCUGGGUAUGGACGACGACCAACACGGAGAGUUCUCGUACGACUACGUCGAGGUGCGCCGCGACUUCCUUGCCUGGACUCCCCACCAGGCCGAGCCCGCCGGCGAGGGCAGAUUCAUCCCCCAACACGGCAUCGAGGAGCACCAGAACAUGGCCAACGGCGGCAGCAGCGGAUCGGACGAGCCCAAGCCCGUGACGCCCCAAGGCGAGCCCAGGAGCGAAAAGGUUCCUUCACUUUGAGGCCUGCGCGAGUCGUGCCUGUUUCGAGUUGUCUAAUUUGAUCUUUAUUUUUGAUGCACGAUGGCAUCAAGAAGCGAGGCGUUAUUUACAGGAUGGGAUUGAUCUGAGAGCUGUUUUCUAUGUUGUCGGAAGGAUAUCCUGCGCAAAUGCAAAGCGACCAUAUUUUUUCUUAUAUUAAUACCCCCACGGUAAAUUGAACGAGACGCCAAAAGCGAAUCUGCCUUUUCAUCAACCUCGUACAUCUCGCCAGUGAUGUAUGCUCUCUUUCUCCGGAUGCGGAGUUGACGAAAGCAACAAUCCGCAAUCCCCCCCAGAGGCGAUAAAUGAAGAGGUGGGGAGGGAUGCUACGGUGUGGAUGCGUGCGGUGUAACUUGAUGUCUCAUCCUUUCAGUACGCCCCGAGAGACAGACUUGAGAAACCAGAACCAGCGCAGGCUUGGCGGGUUGCUCCAGUGUCACAAGUCUGUAGACGGUCGAGAAAGGAUGGGCGGGGGAUCGAAACGCGGCCAUCAGCCUUGGCACAAGCUCUAUUUCCGUUGUUUCGGUGUAUGAUUCGCUGGCCGGCCAGACUCAACACCUGUACAUGGCC